UCAGUGACUGUCGAGUGUCGGGCUGAUGAAAUGAAUUUUGAUCUGCUGAUGCAGUAUGGAUGGCCGCCAUGGCGAGGCGAACGGAACAUGAACGUCCGCCUUCCUCAAACCCAUCACCGGAGAAAUGCGAUCUUCUCAUCUUUCACGGUCUUAGCGACAUUCGUGCGCAGCGGACGGAUGAGCUGAUUAUAUGUCAUCGAUCGGACUGUAACUUUCCACAAAAAUUCCGGUUUUGAUAACUCUGCGCAUUUACGGUAUCGGAUGGUUUGGCCAGCUGCUCAGGUGUUAAACACGAAAAAUGAUGCUGCUCCACAGGAGCGGAUCACGUAAACGGAAAAUUAGCCGCACAUCCGCGGCCGGUAGUUCUUUGUGAGGAAUUUGCCGGUAAUGUCACGAGAAGGGAUCGGUCACACACAGAGCACAGCGAGAGAGAGAGAAGGCCAUGCGCGUAAUAUUGGAGAAAUCGGGUUGAAUAUCCGAAUAGAAUUUGCGCCCAUAUGUUCUACAAACACAUCCCGCUUCCUUGAAUCCCUGAUCAGGCAGCGGGCAACCCGGCACCAAUUAGUUUGGGCUGUACCCCCUGUUUAUUUAUGUGUGUGGCACACUCGCACACAUAUACACACGCAGCGCUCGUCAUGUGAGAAAACCAAGCGGGAAAAAUCACUGACUGGGCUCUGUGUGUGCGCGCGCAGCGUGGACGGAAAGAGGAACGACGACGGGAAACAACACGGGAGAGAGAGACGAGUGACAGAGAAGAAGUGUGUGACGGUGUAUAUGUAUGUGUGAAGGAGAGAAUAUCGGGAAACCUGGCCUAUUACGUGGAGUCCUCGCUGAUCAACGGUGCAUGUGGAUGGAGAAAGAAGCAGAAGAGUCGCUGAAGGAAGUCAAACACGUGAAGUAUUCUGACCAUCGCUCCCAUGCGCAAACGAUGGAAGCCCAACAAUCCGGCAGUCCCGAAAGUGGUUCGCCCUCGCCAGUCUCCAGCACAUCGACGGAUACCGGCAAAUUGCCCAGUGUACAGCAAAUACUACCCAGCUUGCUGAAUCUGCAUAACUGGUCCCUGACGUCCGCCCUGGGUAAUGCUGCACAGAACGCCAACCAAGCGCAUUCAAAUGUACUACCGCGCACCUCGGCAGCGGCUAAUUUCCUGCUGGCUAAUCAAGCCUUAGGACUCCAGCAGGCGCAGCAGUUUCUGCAGGCGUCGGCCAACACAUCCCAGCCCAUGUUGUCCAUGCCGGGCUCCGGUAUGGCCAACAACAACCAGCUGCUGACCUCGGCCUUAGCGGGACUACAGGCCGGCAACAAUCCCCAAAAUACACCGGCUGGGGUGUCAUUAAUGAAUCAACUGCAAAUUCAUCAGCUCCUUAACAGCGGCCUAUCCGGGAACCAGGUUUUGGCUGCCGCGUUAAAUAAUCAGCUGUUCGCCGCCGCCCAAAAUCAGCUAGCACAGAGUGGAAUGAUGAAUCAGUCGUCGGUUAUUCGACGCGCUGGGAAAUCUUCGGUGGGCAGUACCGGUGAUGUAGGACAAAAAAGUAUUGUUAUGCCCCAUAUAAUGAAGACGGAGGAUACGGAUGAGGAGGAUGAUGAGUCGGCCAAUUCCGAAAACGGACUGGACGACAAGGAGGAGAGGGAUCGUUUGGAUCGUGGGCCUACUAUUGCACAGUUGACCAAUACGCCCGGUGUCAUCCGGAGCACCAAAAGCUCUGGUUACGCACACUCUAAUAAAUCUUCCUUUAAUCUGAAUCCAAAAAAGUCGGUCUCGCCUCCGACAUCCGCGUCUUCCCCCUCGAGCGCACCCACCUCAACCUCACCCGCUGCCAACAGUGCCCGCCAUCAUCGGCUGGAGAAGUCAGUUAUUUGUACAGCUCGCUCGGCUACCAGCAAUAUUGUCGAUGGGAUAGAUCUGGAGGAGAUUCGUGAAUUCGCUAAGCGUUUCAAAAUGCGCCGGUUAUCGUUGGGCUUGACGCAGACGCAAGUCGGCCAAGCUCUCAGCGCCACGGAGGGGCCUUCGUACAGUCAGAGCGCCAUUUGCCGGUUUGAGAAACUGGAUAUUACACCACGUAGUGCGCAGAAAAUCAAGCCGGUACUGGAACGAUGGAUGAAGGAAGCCGAGGAGCGAUAUGAGAAUGGUGGGCAGAAUCUGGCCGAAUUUGUUGGAUGUGAACCUAACAAAAAACGGAAAAGAAGAACGAGUUUUACUCCACAAGCGCUGGAAGUCCUUAAUGCACAUUUUGAAAAGAAUACUCAUCCUUCAGGUGCAGAAGUGACGUCAUUAGCCGAUGAGCUCAAUUACGACCGCGAGGUGGUGCGCGUCUGGUUUUGCAACAAACGUCAGGCCUUGAAAAAUACCAUUAAGAAAAUCAAAAACUCCACAAAUUAAUUCCGUACAACCGUUUCUUUUUUGUACACAAAAAACUAUAUUCCCUAUUUGUUACUGCAGUUUAGAGGAAACAGAUUUUUUGUUGGCUUUUAUUUUUUGUGGUUGUUGUGGUUGACAAAACACAGAAAUCUCUCCCAAAUAUAAUCUUGUUCAGUGCUCUAUCAGUAUUGACUGACAUACAAAGCGCAGUUCCGGUUAUUUGUAUUUUGGAGACAUUAUAAAAGACAUUCCGCGGGAAACACACCGCGUAAGCCCAUUCCCUGGCACAUCCUCAUUUCCGUUUUCAAGAAGACACACGGUGCGGCUGUUGUUGGAUGGAUGGCACACGCUGUACACACACUCAUUUUGACCAAAGAUUUUUGAUUGUAGUCUUUAUGAUCUCACUGUUAAUUAGAUAAAAUACACAAAAGCGUGGCGGUGGUGUGUUUAUGUGUGUUUGACAUUUUUUUGCAUGUUGUUGUCUUUGAUGAUGUCAAUUUGUGCUUUUUUCGUUCGAUAAUUGGAGAGGUGGUAAUAAAGCCGGUUGGUUAA